AUGUCAAUACGUCAAAGAAUUUAGCUGCCUUGAAUUGUUUGUUUGCAAUUUGUUGGUAACUUUUUGGAAAAUUGUACUGGAAAGGGAUAUAAACAAAAAUAUGGAAGGCAUUCAAAUAAUAACCCAGGACUUUGUCAAUGUGCACAUUACAAAAUCUGAAACCGAAACCGCAGCUCCCAUUGAAAGAAGGUUCAAGAAAGGUAUCACUGUCUCGGAGUUUAAGACAAAACUCGAGUUGGUGACUGGGGGCAAUGCCACUACAAUGAAACUGAAAUUGUACGAUUCCAAAAACAACUUUGUUUGUGACAUUGAUAACAAUGAAGCUCUCCUGGGCUCCUACCCUGUUGAUGAUGGAAUGAGAAUCCACGUUAUUGAUAAAUUUGCAUUGGUCAAAGACUUUGAUACAUCGGACAGUGCUGAAAGAUUCCGUCUGUCCGAAGAGGAAUAUGAAAAGAAGGGUGACACACUCAGAUCAUUCUUACAGCGCAACCGACUUGGCAAAUACAAUGAAGAGGAGAUGACCAAACUCAAAGAACAACAGCAGAAGGAGUUGGAGGAAGAGUCCAGACUAGCCGAAUCAGUGUUAGUAGGCGCGCGGUGUGAAGUGAGAGUGCCACAGCAGCCGGUGCGUCGCGCCACAGUCCGCUACAACGGGCCGCUAGAUGGCGCUAAAGGCCUCUGGAUCGGAGUGCAGUACGACGAGCCUCGCGGAAAGAAUGAUGGCUCUGUAAAUGGCAAACGUUACUUCACUUGCCCGCCAAAGUACGGUGGUUUCGUGAAACCGGUUUACGUGACAGUUGGAGACUUCCCCGAAGAAGAAUGUGACUUGGAUGAUGAGAUAUGAUCACAGGUCAUCACCAAUCUCAACAGAUUCCACGCUUGUACCGCCUAAAGAUGAUGCUUGCAGGUUCCAUAGGGUGAUAUAGUUAGGUCAAAAUUACAUAGUUUUUAUGUUCUGACUCAAAUAGGUUAUUAACAAGUUGUUACAAGAAAGUUUUGCAGAAGUUUUUUUUAAAGGAUCUGUAAUUGUCAGCCAGUGCUAUUUGGAAUUAAGGGGAAAUUCUGUAUAAAAAAAUACAGAACAAUAACAUACAAUAUAUAAAGCGUACAGGCAAGUCUAAAACUCCUUGAUCAAUUAAACCUUGUUCAGUUAUAAUGACUUGUAAUUCAUAAUUCACAUCGUUUUUUAAAAGUGAUUAUUGGGAAUCCUUAUAUCAUUCUAUGGCCUUAUCACACCAACUCAACUACAUAGCUUGCUUGCAGGCUAAAUUGUACACUAUUUAAAAGCUUUAUAAAUUAUUUUUUUGUAUGUUUUUGUAAUCAUGAGAAAAUUUGAGGGAAGAUGUAUUUACGAAAUUGUCCAAUUCAGUAUGUUAUUCGUUAAAACAGCUUAAUUUACACAAAAACAAUGAAUGGUAAAUAAUAUUCAAUUACCAUGCUUAUCAAAGAACGAUUUUUUUUGUAUCUGACUUACAUUAUAAACCUUUUAACAUAUCUACUCAAACAAUAUGAUAUUCCUUGUAAUUUUUUAAGAAAGUAAAUUUGUUUAUAAAAAUGUUCAGUCGCAACUUACCCCACUGAAACACUUCCUAUCAUAUUGAAGAUACCUUUUUCACGUCUUUUGCCUAGAAAGGGUAGACAGAGACUUACGGCAUGAGUUUACAUAUUAUUACCCUUCAUGCUAUUUAUUAUAUAAUAUCAAUGCCUUUGUUUUAAAAAUAAUUAUAAUUUAAAAAUUCUAUAAAUCCUUUGUAUCAUAAAUCAAAGAGUAUAUUUCUGUUGUGUGAUUGUUAAUGUGUGAGUUAUAAUUAUUAUGGAAUGGCUGCAAAUUGAGUACAUAUAGCAGUUGCAUACUGUAUAUAUAUGUGUAGGUGGAUCCGAGCCGAGUCAGGUUGGAUCAGAUACCUGACCUUUUAUAUCUAGAUUGGUAUAUAGGUCUAGGUCCUUCUUAGGGAUGAUGCCACCAGGACAAAAAAACAGGAUGAUGUUGAAAACAGUAAUAUACUCUUGCGCCUUUUGACAAUAUUAUUAUGUCACAACAUCUCACUUUUUUAAUCAUGGUUUAAAUGCAAUUUAUUGGAAUUAAUAAAAAAAUUAAUUGGAGGAAUUUUGUUAAAGUUUUGGAUGUAUUUCUAGUUCAUGUAGAAUAAUAAUAUUAGGUGUUGCCAUAUUAUGAACGACUUUAUUUUGAAUAUAAGCUUGUUUCGACAUUCCAAGAUUGUCAAGAAUUUUUUUAGCAUUUAUUCGAGCAAAUAACAUGUAUCACGCUUUGUAAUAACCGAAUAGGUUGUCAAAUUUGUAUUU